AUGGGGAAGGCAGCGAAGGGCGGGAAGAAGCUCCCAUCGGCGCCCCUGGCGGACAAGAAGAAGAAGGCCAAGAAGAACCCCCUCUUCGAGAAGGCCCCGCGAAGCUACCGCCUGGGAGGGGACAUCCAGCCCAAGCGGGACCUGACGCGCUUUGUGAAAUGGCCCAAGUACAUCAACCUGCAGCGCCAGAAGCGGAUCAUGCUCAUGCGCCUCAAGGUGCCCCCAGCCAUCAACCAGUUCAGCAUGACCAUUGACAAGAACCAGGCGGCGAACGUGCUGAAGCUGUGCAAGAAGUACAUGCCGGAGACUAAGGUGGCGAAGAAGCAGCGGCUCAUGGAGAUGGCGCAGCAGAAGAAGGACGGCCAGGAGGUGAAGACCAAGAAGCCCCAGGUGCUGAAGUAUGGGCUGAACCACGUGACGACUUUGGUGGAGAACAAGAUGGCGAAGCUGGUGAUCAUCGCCCACGACGUGGAGCCCAUCGAGCUGGUGUGCUGGCUUCCUGCGCUUUGCCGCAAGAAGGAUAUUCCGUACUGCAUCAUCAAGGGCAAGAGCCGCCUGGGCCAGCUGAUCCACCAGAAGACCUGCGCGGCCGUGGCCAUCACCGGCGUGAAGCCCGAGGACGAGAAGGAGCUGAACAACCUGGUCGGCAACUUCCGUGCCCAGUUCAACGACAACCUGGAGCACCGCAGGCGCUGGGGCGGCGGCAUCAUGGGGAUCAAGUCCCAGCACGUGACGCAGCGCCGGGAGCGGGCCAUCCAGGCGGAGAAGGCCAAGAAGCUGGGCCUGCAGAUUGAAGCGUCCCUGCGGCGCCUCGGCUCCUCGGAGCGGCAGCUCUCGGAGCUGGAGCGCCAGGUGCUUGCCGUAGAGGCGGACAUUGCUGCGGCCCGUGUGCCCAGGAGCGAGGCCAAGAGCCGGCUGGCGCAGGUGGAGGCCCAGGCGAAGCAGCUGGAGGGGCAGGGCGUGGACGACGUGGGCACGGCGGAGCUGUCAUCCGGCAAGCCCGCGGCGAAGGAAUCGGGAGACGGCCCGCGAAACCGACUCGGACGUAUUGCCUCCGGGCCGCGAAGCAAGUCCAGUCGCACCAAGUGGCGAGCCUCGCACUUUCCGGGCGCAGAGUUCGGCGUGGAUGUGGCGGGCGCUGUCGGAGCGGGUCAGGAGCUCUGGGAGGCAAUCGAAGAUGCCGCGCAGAUGCUGCUGAUGCAGGUGUCCACCAGCCUGCGCAGGGAGACUCCAGCCAUCGAGGUGGAUGCGCCUUAUGCGCCUCUGCGCAUCUCGGUGGGGUCCGCCCUGCAGGCCCUGACGCAGAUGUCUCCCGACACGCAGGUCUCGAUCCACGAGGCCGUGCCGCUGCUGGCGGUGCUGCUCUUUCUGCUAGUGGUGUGGUUGCUGCUCCUGGUGUCCAGGGGAGUGCCGGCGUGCUGGAGCGAAGGAGAGGAGAAGAAAGGAGUUCCGGAGGGCCCACGCAUUCCGAGGCAUGAUCCUGGCCAGGCUGGGUAUCCCAUGCCCGGAAUACCGCUUUGGGAGGAGAGGCCCGUGGACGGCUCUCCUGUCUGCGCCUCGAUGAUGUUCCCCAACGCGGAGGCGAAAUUUCAGCUGUCCCUGAACAGCAUCAGGAAUCAGAAGACCAUCGAGAUCCAAGGCACUACCGGCAGGACGCUGAUGGUGGCGCUGGUGGGGCAGACCAAGGAGAGGAGGCCGGCGGUGCGGGUUUGCUACGUGAACUGCGAGACAGAUCCGCGCUGCAGCGUGGUGGCCAGUGCUCACGACGAAGAGCUGGCUGUUCUCGGCCGGAAGGAUGCCCCAUACGGGGUGGUUCAGCGACUGCACAGCCACUUCCACGAGCGCUGUGCCGUGGUGAAGCACAAGGGGCAGCCCCUCAUGCGCAUCGAGGUGAACGAUGUGGGCUCCCUGGACUUGCUAGUGGUGACGCCCGCCGGCAAGCAGCUGGCACAAGGAGGCUCCACCGACGGCACCUCGUGGUAUCUGCAGGUGGAGCCGAAGGCGGAUGCGCUUCUGAUCCUCACCGCCGCCAUUGGAAUGGUGAGGCUUUGGUCCACCUCCCACCGGCCCAGCGGGACCCCGCCCCAGCGGUCCCCCGCGCGGUCCCCGGACACUUCCCCAGUGCUGGGCCCGGCAACUGCGCCGGCGCCGGCGAACUCGCCGGCGGAGCCGUCCUGA